CGCACGCUGGCGGACAUCAUCAUGGAGAAAAUCACGGAGAAGCAGACGGAGGUGGAGACGGCGCUGUCGGAGGUGUCGGGCUGCCCCAUGCCCCAGCUCGAUCCCCGCGUCCUGGAGGUCUACAGGGGCGUCAGGGAGGUGCUGUCCAAAUACAGGAGCGGGAAACUCCCCAAGGCGUUUAAAAUCAUCCCUGCCUUGUCCAACUGGGAGCAGAUCCUCUACAUCACAGAGCCAGAGGCCUGGACAGCAGCUGCCAUGUACCAAGCCACCAGGAUAUUUUCAUCCAACCUGAAGGAGAGGAUGGCCCAGCGGUUCUACAACCUGGUGCUGCUGCCGCGCAUCCGGGACGACAUCGCCGAGUACAAGCGCCUCAACUUCCACCUCUACAUGGCUUUGAAGAAGGCUCUGUUCAAGCCGGCAGCCUGGUUCAAAGGGAUCCUCAUCCCCCUGUGCGAGUCGGGGACCUGCACGCUGCGGGAGGCCAUCAUCAUCGGCAGCAUCCUCACCAAGUGCUCCAUCCCCGUCCUCCACUCCAGCGCGGCCAUGCUGAAGAUCGCCGAGAUGCAGUACAGCGGUGCCAACAGCAUCUUCCUCCGGCUGCUCAUCGACAAGAAGUACGCCCUGCCCUUCCGCGUGGUGGAUGCCCUCGUCUUCCACUUCCUGGCCUUCCGCACGGACCAGCGGGUCCUGCCCGUGCUGUGGCACCAGAGCUUCCUGGCCUUCGCCCAGCGCUACAAGGAGGACCUCUCCUCGGAGCAGAAGGAGGCUUUGCUGGAGCUGCUCAAGUUCCACAGCCACCCGCAGAUCUCGCCGGAGAUCCGGAGGGAGCUGGUGAACUCCAAGACGCGGGACGUGGAGGGGCAGGAGCCUGCGGCCAUGGAGUGAGCAGGGAGAGGCAGGGAAGAGCUGCAGCCCGCCCUGCUCCCGGGACGCUGCUGGAUGCAGCUGGGAGC